AAAGAGGAAGCCCUUAUGCGGGAGGGGAGCGGAGGGAGCGGAAAGGGGGAGGGAGCGGAAAGGAGACGUUUGCUUCCCCGCCCCUCUCAGCCUCUCCAGCUCGGCUCCUUGCCGCGGGGUUACCAGUUCCUGCCCACGCCGGGCGCAAGCGCAAAAGAGGUCGGAGCUAGCCGCGUUCCGGCGCUGUUUACGAAGUGGGGGCCCCGCGCUGCUUCCGAGGAACGGUCUCCCCUGGAGAAUGUAACCCCGAGGGCGGUGGCGACUUUGCCACCGGCCAGGACGAUGUCCUCCUUCUCCCGGGCCGCGGUCCUGGUGCUGCUGGUCGCCUCCGGGGGGCUGUCGCACUUCUCCCGAGCUGCCGCACAAAUUGGUCCUCCAGAAGUACAGUUAGAAGCUGAAGAUACAUCAAUAAUAAUAAAUAUUUCUCCUCCUGGAACAAUAAAUAGUAGCAUGUGGGCUACUCAUUUUACCUAUAGUCUGGUUAUUUGGAAAAACUCUUCAAGUGUAGAAGAAACUCGUCAUACUGUUUAUUCUGGAGAAAAAAUUAAUGAUCUUUUGCCAGAAACUACUUAUUGUUUAAAAGUUCGAGCAAGAUUACCUAUACAGAAAAAAAGUGGUUCCUAUAGUCCAACACUUUGUAUAAAUACUACAGCUCAACAUAAACUACCUCGUCCAGAAAAUGUAGAAGUUGAUGCUGUAAAUAACUAUAUUCUUAAAUGGAAUUAUCCAUAUGAAAACAUGAACUUUCAAGUUCAGUAUCUCCUUGGUUAUUAUAAAAGAAUUCCAAGUGACUACUCAGAUAAAUGGAAAACUGUAUCUGAUUGUAAACGUAUCGUAAGUAGACAUUGUGACUUCUCAGAAGAAAUCACCACAGAUGGGAUUUAUUAUCUGCGUGUACAAGCUUCAAAUGGAACUAUCACAUCUUUUUGGUCUGCUGAGAGAAAAUUUGAUACUAGAAUACAUACCAGAAGAGGUCCUCCAAGCAUAGUAGUGAAACCCCAUAAGGACUCACUUUCUGUCUACAUUAAUGUUCCAGGAGAAUCUGAAAAAAAGCCAACGAGCCAGGAUUAUCCAUUAAUUUAUGAAGUUAUUUACUGGGAAAAUGCUUCAAAUAUUGAGAACAAAAUGAUAGUAAAACAGAAAUUAUUUGAAGUUUCUGAUUUGAAGCCCCUGACUCUGUAUUGUUUGAAGGUCAGAGCACUUCUUGACAAUGAAAAGAGCAGCAAAGGCAGUCAAUUUAGUAAUGUUGAAUGCAGUAAGAUAACACCAGAUGAACCGAAAAAAACCUGGAUUAUAGUCAUUUGCUUUAUAUUUGUCGCUGGACUGAUCUUUAUAGCUUAUGGUUUAAAAAGACUACAGAAAUUGGUAAAAUAUGUGUUCUAUCCAUCUUGCAAACCUCCUUCAAAUAUGGAUGAGUGGUUCUCUAAUCAGCCAUUGAAAAAUCUCCUUGUCACUUCAGAAGAGCAAACAGAAAGUUGUAUAAUUGAAAAAGCAAAUAUCAUUGUGUUAGAAGAAACAAAUCAAAAUGGAAAAAAUGAUGUUUGCAAUAAGCAAGACAAUCAUGAUUCAGGAAACUAUUCCAAUGAGGAUGAAACCAGUAGCAAUAAAAUGACUGAAGAAAAACUAGAACAGGAAACUAUGCAACUAGAAACCGUCUGAUGUAUUACCUUGCCAGAGUUCCUACUGGGGGCCUGAGUCCCAUGCCCUUCUUAGUAACUGUAAGAGAAUUUUUGACAGAGAAAUGAAGUCUAACCUUAGACUUUCAGCCCAAAAAUUCUUAAUACUCAUCUGUUUAAAAGUGAAAUUCCUAGCAUUUAAAGAAGUAUAACUAUGAAGCAUAUUGCUCCUACAUUUAUAAAUGUCUUCAAAGUUCUGUCUUUGAAUUAUAUCCAGAAGUUGGACACCUGCCUUUCUAAACGAUUUGAUAAACUCACUCUAAACAGCAUGCCAUCAGUCAGUGUUUUGUUUUGUUUUAAAACAGCCUCAAGUACCAGAAAAGAAAUUCUUGUGAAGCACAGCCACCUGUUGCUGGAAAUUUCAAGUUGAAUUGCCUCAGACUUUGUAAUUAGAAUUUAACUUCCUUUAAUAUCCUUUCAUCCUCUUUAUCAUAAGAAUCAUAGAUCUUUGAGCUAGAAAAAACCUCAAGAAAUCAUCUAGCCCAGCCCCUUGGCAAGUAAGGCAGCAUUUUUCCAUUUUACCAAUAAGAUGACUGAGGUCUAGAAAUGUUAUCUGGUUCUCCUUUGGUUAAGGUCACACAACUAGUAAGUUUUUGUUUAAUAAUUUACUAGAGCUAUAACUUUUUAAUUGUAUUUUAUGUACCUAAAAUGACAGGGAUAUGGAUUGUUUACUCAGGAAAAAAAUAUUUUUUUAAAGGUUUAUUAGUGACUGUAUGGAGACACCAAUGAUAAUAACUCACAUUUAUGUCGUGCUUUGAGGUCUGUAGAAUCACAACCCUGUGAACUAGGCAGUACAACUGUUAUUAUCUCAGUUUAGCAAAUAAAGAAAUUUACAUAUGAAGUCCAUAAGAUUUAAGGUAUGAGAAAUUAAGUGACCUCACUGGUGUCCUUAUAGCAUAAUAUAAAGUAUAAAGCAGGAUUCAAACCUAGGUCUUCUGACUCUUUUAAGUCCAGCAUUUUUUCUGAAAUGCCAUGCUACCUCUAGAGGAAUCUUUAUUAUCCCAUGAUAUUGAAGACAUACCAUAGGCAAAAAGGAAGUGAUAGAAUGGGACUAUGUCAGAUUUAGGACUGGAAGAAACUAGUUUAAACACCUCAUUUUAUAGUUGAGGAAACAAAUGCCUGCCAAAUUUGUGAUUAAGUAGUAGUAUAUUUCAGAGUAAAGUUAUCAGGUGUCAGGAAAUUACUUCAGUUAAAGAAAAAGCUAUUAUUAGCAUGUUGUUUGACCAUUUUGUGGAUUAACUGUUUCCUUUUUUAGAUACACCACAGUUUUCAGGCCAUCUCCCUCUGCUCUUCAGCCAGUAUAUGCUCAAGAAAUGCAAACUUUGUUAUUAGCCUAAGGAAUAUGCAGGCCUAUUUUUUAACCAUAUACAUCCCUGAUAAACAAUUUCUGUACUUUCUACUCUUUACAUUAUCCAUGCUAUUCCUCCGCUAACAUGCAUAACCCAAAUUUAACUGUUAAUUGGCUGUGGACCUGAGUUAUUGUUUUCCAGCUGUGGUAUACGUGUCAUUCAGUAUCCUCAAAUUACAAGAUUUCUUAGGCCUGUAUUAGGGCACAGGCCAAUUCCUAAGACUCCAUGGCCAUUUUGGGUACAUAGGGGAACUGAUUUCAACUUCAGACUGCCCUGGUAUGAAUUUAUUGUAUAUAUACUUUUAUAUAUAAUUAUUUUAUAUAUACUUAUAUGUGUAUAUGUUGUGCAUAUUAUUUUCUAUAAAGUGAAAGCUCCUUACAAGCUGA